UGUGUCGAAUAUGACCACCUCGGCGUUUCUCGCCUAUCGAGCGAUUUCGGAAGCAUCUUUAAGUGCGAGAGUACGAAUUUCGUAGGGCCAGAAUAAUUUCUGCCUAGCAGUCAAACUCCGAGACUGCUGUCAUAACAAUUUUCUGGUUAUUCAACAGCCGAUGAAGUUCACUUGAGCUCAAGUCCACAGAUUGUUUAUCAGGCCUGACCAAUGCCGGUUGUUCGAUGCGGCGUAACAGGGCUUGACGAAGUCCACCGCUAUCGAGCCCCGCCGUCCAUAUAGGCCAUGCACUCGAGCUUCAUGUACACGUUACAUCAACACGAAGCGCAGCAGCAUUUUUGAUGGUGUUGACGACAGGAUUGCCCAAAACGUUUUUGGCGAUUUUUCGAUGUGCCCACAAUCAGGCGGUGAGAUGCCAUGGCCUAGGAUUAGAUUGGUCGGUCGAGCAGAUGGAUAUGCAAGAGAAGACAACCCGCAGGAGAAUAACUGCUCUUAAGCUCGCGCGCUCUUCUGAUCCAAACAAGCUGAGAGCCGAGCAGUAAAAUACAGCCAUGGAAAACAGCUCAAUGCUGUUCAACAUGUUGAAAGCGAAAAGGUUCAUCGUGUGGAUAGCAUCCGAGAUCCACCGGACAGAUGCUAAUCUCCAAACAAGAGCCUUAAUGUGAACGAGUUCGAGGUCCUCGCGGCCAAAGUCCUUCGUGAAUGCCUGGUUUAUUUGGGGUUGACCGCUCUCCCGCUCGCAGGCACCCGAAUCUCCAGAAAUUUUCCACGACGGCUGUGACUGGACACCCCAUGCGUCAUCUAGCGAUUCAAUACGUCUUGACACUGCGGAACUCAUGCACAUGAUUCUUGUGUUCCAUCCACCAGCACGUAGCGGUGCUACCAGCUGAAUACAUACUCAUAUCCCUCGCUCGCUUGCAGUCAUACAUCCUACCAGCUCAGCUCUACUCGACUCGACUCGACUCGACUCAGCCGCUGUUUCUCUCGAUGUAGGUCAGAGAACGAUCAAUCGAUCGAGCUUCGGGCCACCCAGGGAAGAGAAUGCGGAUUGCCGAUCUCUCCGCGAUGAUGACGACGGGGACAACUCGGUCCACUUCUGCAACGCAGCCUCGAUCCUGACCAGAGACCAGGUUGAGCUCGGGGAUUUAGAGGCAGGCUUGCGGGGGAUGUGCACAAUGGGCAGUACUCCAGUGCUGUGCGAGACGUACUGCGAAGCCUACGGAGAUUAUCUGUACUGCAUCUCGGGAGCCAUUUCGUGGAGCCAGUGCUUGAGCGGCAGCUUCGACUCGCCGCCCACGUAUGGCUACCCGUACUUCAGCCCGCCGACCUUCAUCGACGAGUCGGACGCCGACACGGGCGUCGGCAAGAGCAAGACAGGCCUCAUCGCAGGAGCCAUCGCCGGAGGCAUCGCCGGCACUGCCGUCUUCUUCCUCAUCGCCCUGCUGCUCUACUGCUACUGCCGCCGCCUGCAUCCCAAGCCACGCAAAGGCGCCGGCGAAAAAUCGCUCAAGCGCGAUGGCGCCAGCUCCAAAGACUCGCUCGCUAGCUCCAAGGUCGUCUCGGUCCGUCACCUCGAAGUGUCCGUUCUGGCCUCGGACGAGACGGUGGUGCCCGGCCAUGGACCUGCUUCCGUCGCACCAGUGACGAAGCCUCGCAAGCAGGCGAUGUUCGUGUCGCUGGAGGAGGUGAGGACAGCCACGAGCACCACCAAUUACUCUAAGAAGUACCUGAUCGGCGAAGGCCGAUUCGGGUCCGUAUAUUAUGGACGCCUGGUUACGGGCGACGAGGUGGCGGUGAAAGUGAAUUCGUACAAGGGCCAUCAAAGCCUCAAAGACUUCAAGAGCGAGGUUUCCAUACUGUCGGGUUUGCACCAUCCGAACGUGGUGUCUCUGGUUGGAUUCUGCGAUGAACAUCAGAACCGAAUGUUGAUCUUCGAAUUUAUGCCCAAGAAGACAUUGCGUCACCAUCUCUAUGGACCUGGUCUCAAGGAUCCUCUCGACUGGAGAACGCGCCUCCAGGUUGCGGCUCAUGCAGCACGUGGUCUCGAGUAUUUGCACCACGAAUGCCAACCCGCGAUCGUUCAUGGCGAUAUCAAAACCAGCAACAUUCUUCUGAACGAUAAGUAUGUGGCAAAGGUAGCUGAUCUCGACAUCUCCAAACUCGUGCCCGAGGCCUCCUCACCGAAACUGGAUAAUCGAGAAUUUUAUCCGCCCUUCGAUAGCAGCAGCAGCAGCAGAUUGCCGUACUACGACCCUGAGUUGCUGGCAGGUGAUGUGCCGGGCGAAGGUACCGGUAGCAAGCCACGUACCACGAAGAGCGAUGUGUAUUCUUUUGGUGUUGCACUACUGGAGAUUAUCUGCGGCAAACCGCCCAGAGAUGUCGUGCACCGGUCCAGCAUUGUCCACUGGGCUCGUGACAUCAUCAAAGCUGGCAGUGUGGAGAAACUGGCAGACCCCACUUUAGAUGGGACCUACGACAUCGAUGUACUGUGGAAGGUGGCAGAGCUGGCCAUGACCUGCGUUGCACCGCUCGGAAUGCACAGGCCAGACGCGAAGCAAGUUGUGGUGACAUUGACGGAGGCGAUAGAGCUGCAAACCGCAGCUUCAGCUACCGACAAAGCCUCGGUCACGGCCGUAGAGCCAAAUCAAGUGUCACCACAUGCAUCGGAUGCUCAAGAACCGCUGCGGGUGGAAUCUGGUGCCAGACCUCUUCAAUAACAGCGGCGGAAUCUAGAACGUAGGCACUUUAGAUAGUUCUGAACCGUUCCCUGUGGUUGGUUCACAGUCACUUUAUCCACCGAAAUCAGUCUCUAAUUACCAAAGUUAGAGUUGGAACUGGUGAAGAGGGACUCGGAUAAUAUAUUAUAAAAGGCCAGCAAAUUCCUCGAGCAAGAGGAGGUGGAUCGCUGCGUUCUGGUCCAAGACAAAAUUAAUGGAUCCAGGCCUUAGGGAAGCACGUAGCUGCAUACAAGACGACCCGAUGCAACGGCAACUGACGGAAGUCAGAGCAUGUACGCACUGGGCAGUGCAAUCUGUGCUAAAUGACGACCGUACAGUAGGAGGGCGCUUUUAAUUAGGUGUAGCGUCGGGCGUUUCAUAUAGCACGAGUAUACUAUGGUUGCUAUGCAUACGAGGGCCAUCCGAAUAGAUUUUGCAUGACAAAUCCAAUGCAACCAUUCGACUUUUGAAACAGAUACGGAUGAGGUGUGUGUCAAUGGACAUUCCACUUUCAGAUAUUUCUACAGCCUCUGCAAUAAACGAUGAAGAUUCU